AUGCUCUAUCGAGCCUUUCGUUAUAGAGCAUAUCUCCCUUCACGUUAUCCAACACCGCCUUUCCUAAGCAGCAAUGGUCUCGGUCUCUUCAGCAAACGGACAUUCAUCACUUCCACGCGGAAGACGUUGACUCUGAAGGAUAGCCAACCUGAUCUCGUAAUACUUGGGAUUGGCGUCGGCCUAGCUGGAAUGACCAUUUUCCAAUCCAAGAAACCGAAAUCUGCCAAUGAUAAAUUCAGCGGCGCAGUGCGGCACCUGGUUCCCAACAACUUCCGAGAUGAAGAGAUCAGGUGGCUUUUGCAGAUCCUACAGUACGUCUCAUUCGAGAGUUUUGACUUUGCGUUGGCGACUUUGGCUGCCCAAGGCUCGUCGGAACCCUCUAACCUUAAAACCCUCUUGCGCGUCGACGGUAUUUCCCUGCAAUCAGCACCGCCUUCGUAUUUGUACGCAGCCAAUACGGAGAUUGCCUUGCCAGGCUAUCACUUCUAUGGGCAAGGUAUUUUCGAAGGGCAGAGAGGGCCUGCCAUGUCCGAAAUGCUUUCUGCCAAACUUUUUCCGAUCAUGACCCCAAUAAUGCAAGCAAUGCACGAGAACAUGCACGGGAAGGAUGGAACCUCCCUGGGCCCGGAAGAGGUCAUGACUUAUAUCAAGGAAACUUUCGUCACCAUAGAUCAUAUCCACGUCCUCCUCAAGCUUCGCGACAUAUACGAGGCUGUGAAGGAACAUGCCACCUCGCGGGUAGAGGAAGGUGACAAGGAUAUCUACACCGUACCGUUGAGAACAUUUUCUAAGAAAGACGCCAAAGACCUAGUGGAUGCCUACUCCGGCUCGACAGCUCUCGUGGCGCUGUACAACGACCUCGAUCGCAGCCUGUACGUCGCGCGUACGGGCGGUGGGCGUGCUAUCCUGGGGAGGCGCGUGAAAGACCCUGAUGGUUACAGAUACGAGACCCGCGUACUCCUUGCAGAGGACGAUCCGGACGACGGCCAUGUACGCAUUUUUGGGAACGCUCCAGCGAAAUGGCCCUCACAGGCCGUCAAGCUAAUCCAUGAUUGGUACCUAGGCCCGGCCCCUUCGCCUGAAGACCAGUCCUCGGAAGGAGUUUUGCAGGGGAAAUACACCGCUGAGCCUACCCUAGUACGCUUCCCCGACGUCCAGCGAGGGGAUUUUGUCGUCCUUGGGUCUCAAGGACUAUGGGAGUGCCUCGAUAAUGAGCAGGUCAUCGGCUUGGUUGGGCAGUGGUUGGAAGAGCAAGGCAUUAAGGAACUAGUGGGUGACUCCCCCGGCCCACAGCGCGAAGUCAUGAUCCCAUGGACAAGGCGCACGCUGUCCGAAUUCGCUGCCUCCAGUCCUUUCUUGAAAGAAAGCACGUUCAGUCCAGAGGAUUUGCCCGUGAUCUACCCUGAAGGAUAUGAAGACAGGACAACGAAAUACAAAUCGUGGAAGGCGGAGAAGCGCUUCAUUUCCGUGGCGAAAGACCUCAACGUGGCCUCUCAUAUUGCGAGAAACGCGCUCGGUGGGGCUGAUCGCGAGCUCGCCGAGGCGUUGUACCAGAUAGGCGGUGAUGUGGGGAAACAACUCCGGUGA